AUGGCUCCUAUAACUAUAAGAAAGCAUAAAUCGGGUAGUUCCAAACGCCAAAGAAUAAAGGAACGAGACAAAUUUAUUCAAAGUCAAUCAAGGGCUAUGGAUAAAUUUGUUUUCAAUAAAGGGAGCGAAACACAAUGUUCAGGGGAUAUAGGGGUAGAUGUAGACAUUAAUGUUGGUGUAGAAGAAAAUGUGGAGCAAUCAAUGGAGACUCAAACACCUUCUGAGGAAGAUGUUGAUAUUGGCCUAGAAGAAAAUAUAGAGAAUCAAAUGGAGGAACCUUUUGAAGUAGAUAUUGAUGUUAAUGUAGAAGAAACUAUGGAUCCUGGUUUGGAAGGAAAUGAUAAUAUUCCCAACAUCUUUAAUCCUAAAAAUUGGGAUAAUCUUGCUCCUAAAUUGAGGGAUUUAUUGGUGAAAAAAGGUCAUCUAAGAGAUGUGUUGACAGGCAAAGGUCCGAAAAAUGGAUCAAAUAACAGGCGUUUCACAUCUAAAUUCUAUACUAUGCACUUAUCAAAUGGGCAGAAGUAUCAUUGA